UCAUUUCUGGUACAAUUUUCAACGGGGCAAGAUACACCUUAUUUGCAAAAAACAGCCAGCAGGGAUAUCUUUGAAUGUGUGAAUGGAAUGAGACAUUCCAUCCUGCCUGGUGAUAAGGUGAUGGCUCCUUGGGAACCAGAGCAGAAGAGGUAUGGGCCAGGAACUGUCCUCCAGGGCAUGGAGACCAGAGACCCUCUGCGAGAAAAAGAAGAUGAGCAAAUUACAGUCAGCUUUUGGAAUGGGAAGAAAGCCAAAGUUCCAUUAGGCCUCGCUUUAUGGAUUUCUCCAGUGCGGUGGGAGACAAUUGUAGAGAGGAUCCAUUUGCCAUACACAAGCAGGAAGCAGUUUGAGGGGCCACUUCACAGGCCUGGCUGCUACAAUUGUUCACAUGGAAUUAUUCCAGCUUGUGUUCUGUGUGAUUUCCAAAGGUGCUGGUGCACAUGUUGCUGUUUUACCCGUCCUUGCUGUGGUGAUUUUCAUCACACAUGCUUAUUGCCUAGACACAGGCAAUGUGUAUCCUGUUGCUGCCACUGCUACUCUAAAUACAGUGGCUGGUGGACAUGGCCCUCUUUAGCCGAAUUAACCUCCGGAGAUUUUAAAAAAGAAUUCACUAGUAAGCCUACAACACCAUUUUUAGCAAUAGAAGCCUCUCCCGAAGCAGAACAUGAUGCUGUGCUACCCAGUUCUUCCUCAUCCUCCUCAGAGUCUCAAUGUGAAAGGGACAAAAGUAGCACUGAGAACACAAUGGUAGAUCGUGCAGUGAACACAGAUUCUAGUCUUUUUGAAAACCUCACCUUACAGGAAACCAGAAGACCAGAGUGGAAGUACUGGAAGAGAAGCCAACCCACCUUUGUUUAUAAAAGCCAAGGAGCCAACACUGUCAGUAGCAGCUGCAGAAAAGAAAGAGCUGACAACAAAGCCAUUUCAUCUGCAGAUGGAUAUCCACCAAUUCUGUACAACCACAGUGCUAUAUUUGAAACCAUUGAACAGUCUCGUCAAAGGGAUCUUUCGAUGAAGAAAAUCUUAAGCCACGGAAUUACUAGCUCAUCAUGGGGAGGUUAAUUAUAUAUAGGCUUGCUACCCCCUCUUUCUUUCAGGAAUGCAAGAUGGAACUACACAGUAGCAUUGCUUAUAAGAUUCUCUUAGCUUUUUCGUAAGUUCUUCUUGCCAUACUACUGAAAUCCUGAACAACACCAGGGUAAAGUAAUUUUGAAGUAACUGGUUUUUUUAAGUUUGAGACUAGUCAUGCCACAAAAAAAAGGAUCAAAUCAAUAUGCUUUUAGCUAAAUGACUCUGUACUAAACAUUAGAUGCUGAUGAGUGUAAUGGAUUUAGUCAUUUAGCUUUAGCCAGAAUGUACUGUUUGUUCUAUCUACAGAGAAGCAAAAUAAAAUU